GUUCCGUCCGCGCGUCAACAGCAACUGCUUGGAUGUUGCGAUAUCGCUGGUAGCCGAAGAUUGCUGUGGUUGCAGCGAUUAGGCUGCUGUGUUGAAACAUCUGCCUAAUGUGUUGGUAGAUGUCAAAUUCCGUGGUUUGUCAUUCGCAGCUAUAGUUACAACAGACGGAGGCUGUAGUUUCCCGUCUACGCUGCGCUUGCGUGUGUGUUGAUGGAAAGGCUGCAUCGCGCUAAUGCGUUAGCUUACCAAAAAUCACAGUUUAAUCGUAAGUGCAGGCAGUUCAAUAACGUUAGCUAGUCGGGCAGAUAUGUGCCAUCAAACGGCUGUUUUCACUUGACUGAGGAUGGAAAGAUUUUUUCGGGCAGCGCUAUCACACAAGUUACACGUCGGAUACAUCGCACUCGAAGGCAUUAUCUUCAGAGGAUAACCUGGAUAACCUUACACGAAAUGUCAUAGCGCGUAAGUAGCUAGCACUUAGCUAGCUUGGUAAUGGCUGGACGAGAUGGAGGAGGACCUAAUGUUAUCAUCAGCUUCAACCGACCAUGAACAGCUGGAUGGAUAGCUAAAGAAAUACUUUCUCCGGAGAUGCUGUAGCCUCCUGGGUGGUGUUAUUCACUUACAUAACAGCUAGUCGUAGCCGCUCUAGCUAUCACCAACUGGCUUGUGUUGGCAAGCAAAUGGGUAAUUUGCCACCAAAAAUCUGGGCUGUCUCAACAUCAUAAGUGACAAAGGCAUCACUGCAUGUUUUGAGGCUGCAAAAAAAAAAAAAAAAAAAGACUUGCUCAAAGCGUCGGAUGCGUUAGGUUGACAGUCGAUCCUCCAUUAUCUAUCAGUGCAAUAAUUCACUGCACAGGAAACAAGCAGUCUGUCUCGCGUGUCUGUGAUUGAAGCCGAUACUCCUGUCGUUGCGACAACAUGAGGAAGUUCUUUGAUUCUCGUCGGGAGUUGGUGAGCUCCGGGCCUGGUUCUGGAGGAGGAGGUAGCAGCUCUGGGUCCGGUCAUGCAGGCGGAAAUUUCAUUGGCAGAGCCUUCACUGUCGGGCGGCACCAGGUCACUGUUGACGAGAUCAUUGCUGAAGGUGGUUUUGCGAUUGUGUUCCUGGUGCGAACAAAUCAAGGGGUGCGUUGUGCCCUGAAGAGGAUGUAUGUCAACAAUGAGCACGAUCUGCAGGUGUGCAAACGCGAGAUUCAAAUAAUGAAAGACCUCGUCGGCCACAAGAAUAUUGUUGGUUAUCUGGACUCCAGUAUUACGGCGAUGGGAUCAAGGGAUGUAUGGGAGGUUCUCAUACUAAUGGACUACUGCAAGGGGGGGCAGGUGGUCAAUUUGAUGAAUCAGAGGCUGCAGACUGGCUUCACUGAGGCAGAGGUGCUGCAGAUCUUCUGUGACACCUGUGAUGCUGUUUCUCGCCUGCACCAACGCAAGACACCCAUCAUCCACAGAGACCUCAAGGUGGAGAACAUCCUCCUGCAUGACAAGGGUCAUUAUGUGCUGUGUGACUUUGGCAGCGCCACUAACAAGUUCCAGAGCCCACAGACUGAAGGAGUGGCCGCCGUGGAGGAAGAGAUCAAAAAGUACACCACUUUAUCAUAUCGGGCCCCUGAGAUGGUGAACCUCUACAACAACAAGCUUAUCACCACAAAAGCAGAUGUCUGGGCGCUGGGCUGUUUGCUGUACAAGUUGUGUUUCUUCACUCUGCCCUUUGGUGAAAGCCAGGUGGCCAUCUGUGAUGGCAGUUUCACCAUACCAGAUAACUCCCGCUACUCUUAUGAUCUUCACUGCCUCAUUCGGUACAUGCUGGAGCCAGAGCCAGACAAAAGACCAGAUAUCUACCAGGUGUCCUACUUUGCUUUCAAGCUAGCUCAGCGGACCUGCCCUGUUCAGAAUGUGACGAACUCUCCAAUUCCUUCUAAACUUCCUGAGCCAAUCAAAGCGAGCGAGGCUGCUGCAGCAAAGAAGAGCCAGACUAAGUCCAGACUGACAGAUCCAAUUCCCACCACUGAAACCUCCAUCACCCCUCGCCAGAGGCCCAAAGCAGCCCAUACCCAGCCUGCGGCUGGCAUUCUUCCCAUCCAGCCUGCUGCUCUCACCCCUCGCAAGCGGGCUAAUCUCCCUGGUGGUGCAGCUCAGCCUGUUGGAGUCAACUUAGACCUCUCUCAGCCAGCUGCAGCUCUGCAGUUACAGAAGGCUUCAGUUCUGCCACUCAUCCAGUCACAAAACAAUUCAAGUCAGGCUGCGGCUCCACAGAAGCAGCCCGUGCAGUCGGCCGCAGAGUCCACAACAGCAGCAGCAGUCGUGUCACCAGUGACCAAGGCUGACGUCCAACCACAAGCGCAGCCAGUAGUUCACCAACAGACCACACCUCCCUCUACGGUCAGCGCCACCUCCCAGCAGGCUCAGACUCCAUCGAGCCCUGCCCCACCUCAACGACCAGCUCGACGCAAGCAGGCCGGCCAGGCUCCGCAGCCAGCUGCUCAGCCUUCACCCAGCAGACCGGCCUCUGGUCAGCCGCCUGGAUCUCAGCAGCAGCAGAUAACUCAGCCGUCAGCUGCUCAGGCUCAGCCCGCCUUCAAUGAGAUCAGCCAAAAGGCAGCUGAGACAACUCCACCUGCUUCUCCAAAGACAACUGAAGAACAAAGCCACCAACACAUACCGAGUGAUGCCACAGCGAGCAGCGUUGCUGGAGUCCCAGCGAGUGACUCCUCACAGCAGCCACAAGGACCUAAUGGAGAUGCUGCCCUCAACCAAUCACUUACAUCUCCACCAGGCACCACACAGCCAGUUCAGCUCGGUGUUUGUGACGCAGGCCAGGACCAAAGCAAAGCUGGACCCGCUGUUCUUGUGUCUGCCGGUGCCACCAACACCCCUACACAGCCUGCGUGGAACCCAUUUGACGAUGACAACUUCUCCAACCUCACUGCAGAGGAAUUCAAAACUGAGGACAGAAAGCCUACUGACCUACCUAUAGAACCUGAGUCAACAUCCUGUGAGGAGUUGAUACCAGGCCUGCAGGCCUCAACCAUGGACAAUACACCGCAAGAAAAUGUUGAAAGACCAUCAACCAUUAUUGAUGUGGAUUCAGGAGCCUCACUGUUAGUUGUCCCAGAUCCUUUCUGUACCCUCGAACUGUCAGAGAAGCUGAUUGAAGGACUAAAAUCUCCUGACACGUCUUCACUCAUGCUUCCUGACCUCUUGUCAUUGUCUGAUCCCUUUGGUGGCUCUGUGGAAGAGUCUGCAAAAGAGCCUCUCACUGCAGACGACUCUCUCCUGGGCUCUCUGAUCUCCGGUCCGUCCGUCCCUCAGGCAGCAAGCAGUGCCACCUCCUCCAUCUCCUCUGCUCCCACCUCCGCUGCCUCUGCUUUGGAUGAUUUCAGUCUGUUGUCUGGAGACUCAGCACAGCCUAAAGCAGACUCGUCUCUCCUGAUCUCAGACUUUGAGCCGCAGCAAGCCAACGCAGAGGCCGCCACAGAGGACGAGUUCGAUCCUAUUCCUGUCACAGGCCGAAAGAACUCCCAAGUUUCAGGAGGCCACUCGCGCAGUAACAGUGGCGGCUCUGAAUCCAGCCUGCCCAGCUUGGCCCGCUCCAUGCUGCUGGUGGACCAGCUCAUCGACUUGUAGGCGUCCCCACCCCCCUUCCCCGUAGAAGCUGUAACGCUGGAUUAUAGACUGGCAUAGCAUAACGGCGAUCAACACUGUUGUCACAGCUAGCUUCCUGCAACUCCCGUCUGUCAUUUCCAUUCUAGCUCCUACAGUAGAAACAGCCUUCACCUCUCAAUGCUUCUUCAUUCCUGCCCUCUCCGCUGUAUCGAUUGCAUUAUCUGGCUUCUGUUCGCAUCUCAUCUCUCACCCUCUCACUCACAUUUUCUCUUUGUUGUUGUCUCUACACAUCAUGUGCUGUCCAUUGGUCCAAGAGUGGCCAGUACACUAACAUCAUCCUUUUUUAAUAGUUACCAUUACAUCUUUCUGUCAAUCAGGAUAAAAUAUUGCUAUGCCGUUUGUUUGAACAAUAUUGUAUUAUGUCUAAUAGCAAACAAUAGAAGGUCAUUGUUGUAAUGUACUCUAGGCAUAGUUAUAAGUGGUUGUAGUUAUUAUGGUGCACAAGUGAAUUUCGUCGUUUGCCUUUUAAAGUCUCCUCCCCAGAUUUAUUUGCACAUUUUAAAGUAAAACCAUGGAAAAGUUAAAUGGCCAUUUGUUCAAAUGAGGUCAGUUUACUUCUUCUAUAAAAGGGAAACUUCUUCAUGUAGCCUGAUUUGCACAGUAGCAUAAAUGUUAUCUCCAUCAGGGCUGUUGGAUAGAACAUCUUUAACAAUUUAAAGCUGCUAUUAGAUUAGACUGAAGAGUGACAUCAAAUUGAGUUACAAUCUGGAAACAAAACAGCCAUAACCACGCACCCUACAUACAACAAGUUACCAUGAUGAAGAGAAGAGCAGUGACACUAAAGGUUCCUGACUAAACGGUGAAGGGCCAUUUAAAAAAAAUAAAAAAUAAUUUAAAAAUCUGUGAAGCAAACUUCUGACAGGUGAAGCUCUGAAAGUGUAUCAGCUAAAAUCUACAUAUAAGAAAACAACAAUAAUGUUGACCAUUCAAGGUCUCUCAGACACGUUGUACUUUUCAAACGAGGAGGACCCGUUCUUAUUUGCUGUUAUUUUAAAAAAUCUAUUUUAACCCUUAAAGCAAGCAGUAGGUUGUUGUUGAAUUAAAUGACAAAUCAGGGUCAUAUAACAAUGUUUGUAGCAGUGUGCCAUAUCAAUACAAAAUGCAUGAAAUCAUGAAAAUAAUUUGAAUAAUCCACAGUAAUAGAAAUACAGUAGCUAUUAUAUAGAGAGAGACCAUUAAUCUAUUCAACUGUUCAGGUCAUUUUUUUGAACAGAAACAGUCUAAAAUGGCAUUUAAAAAAAUAUAUAUUUUAUUUUAUAUCAACACAAACAUUCACUAAGCAUUGUGCAAUUUUUCCUACAUUCCUAUCAUUUGUUUACUCCUAAUUUAUGUAAAUAUAUAUCUGCAACCCCUGCAGGCUCUUAUCCAGACCAUACAAUUGGUUAUUCUUCCCGUGUAUAUAUUAAGUCAUUGUCAUAAAGCUUUACUUGUGGAAAACAUAUUGCUUUACUUGUGAAAUCAUAUAUAUAUAUAUAUAUAUAUAUAUAUUAGUGUGUGAAUGAAAAAUGGAAUUGUUUACCUGUUAAUAAAUGUUAAUAUGAAUCGAGUGUUAGAGAAUGAAUGUAAGAAAUAAAUAUUAGUCUAUAAUAAAAAAAUAUCUAUGAUUCUUAACACCAUAAUCACUGAAUAAUGUUGAGGAAUACUCCUAUAUAAAUAUUCCAUUCCUCCUUGUGGAAUUGUGUGUUUGAGAAAGUUUUUUUUUCUUGGCUAUAUCUACUCAAUUAUUGUCAGUACACUCAAAUGUAUAGAUGAUAAUCCUAGUCUUUGUUGAACUUGGAGAUUAGGCUGAAUCCCAUGUCCCAUUCUCUUCCUUUGUGAAAAGAAAGUGAGCCCUAGUUAUGAUUGUUUACAUGGACCAAUGAAGGAUUAUAUUUUUAUUUAAAACAGUUGGCAGUUUUCUGGAAAGCGGGAGAUUAACCUCUUUGAAUCUUAGUCCUGUUUCAUUUCACCGCUAAACUAGAACUUUUUCUGAAAUUGUGCUUUGUAAAGCUUUGGUUUUUUGCUUUACCGGUUUUAGUGAUCACAGAGUUCAUAUCAAAAAGCAUGGCAGUGUUGUUGAAUGUUAUGUUCGUGUGUGUGUGUGUGUGUGUGUGUGUGUGUGUGUGUGUGUGUGUGUGUGUGUGUGUGUGUGUGUGUGUGUGUGUGUGUGUGUGUGUGUGUGUGUGUGUGUGUGUGUGGAGUCAGAAUUGUUGGAUGUCUUUUUCCGGUAGCCUACUUGUGUUGUUGUUUGCUGUAAAUAUGGCGACGGUCACGUUGUCCUUAAAAUCUCUUCUGAAAGCACAGCCUCCCUCCUCCACUCUUAUAUUCUCUCAGGAAGUCAGAGCUACAUCACUCGCUCUGAGAGUUGGAUACGUAUUGGCUUACUGCUCACUAGUCUCACUGUUCGCCUCCAUAUUAUAGUGAAGAAUAUUUGCCUGAUAGGUAAUGUGUGAGGGGCUCUGUGAAGUGUGAAAAGGUUUAAUCUGCCAGUGUUACAGUGGAUUAUACAACACUGCUGCUGUACUAUAGCAGUGGUUUAAGUUAUCAGGCAGCAUUAAGUCAGGGUUUGAAAAAUCAGCUCCAAUCAGCAAUACAAAUGUUUCUGUAGGAUCAAACAAAUUCAUUUUGCUUCCCAUGCAUGAUCACAGUCGGAAGACUACCUCCACCUCUUUCUUUCAUUCUGUUAUGUUAAAAAGUGAUUUCAAAUAACUAUUUUUGUGAGAUCGACUCCUUUCUGGAGGUGGGAAAUUAAUUCAGAAUUAUAUUUUGGUUUUAAUGCUUUUGCACAAACCUGAAUGGGUUAACACAUGCUAGUUGGAUAUGUUCCACAUACAUACUUGUAUUACAGAAUAAAAUGUAGUUACCUUUUGAAUGACUGAAGUCAAGGCAACAGUAUAAAAUAAAUCACCUCAAACAGAAUCUUUAUAUUUAGAACCUGAGAAUAGUGGCAAAGCAUGGAGCACAGUUAGUGACCUAUUCACAUGUUCUUUGAUGAUUAAAGUUCAGGAAAUCCAUGAUAAUGUGUUCAAACCUCUUAAUUUCUGUCCUUUCACCAAUUUAUUCGUUAACCCCCAUAAUUGAGUUGGUAUUUUGAGCAGAGCUCCUGAUUCUAAAUUUUAAAUUAUAUAUUUUUAUCUUUUAAAUAAAUUUGCAAAAGUGGCAACAGUCUCCUAGGUCUAUUUACUGUAGGUGCUGCAUGUGCAACUGAAGGCUUAUGUUAUUUUAUCAUCCUCUUUAUGAUCCUUCCACUCAACAACUCAAUCAUUUGCAGUUACUGUUUGAACCUAUGCAACUCCCGAGCUUUCUCCCUGUAGCCGCCAAUGUGCUGUUGUAAUCUAUAAAGCCAAGCAGGUAUAGUGAGAUUAGUCCUUGAUGUGAAACAGAAGCCCCUCAUUUUCUCUGUUGUUUUGCCAAAAAUGCAAGCUGUCGAUUAUGAUACUAUUUGAGUGUUUUGAGACGCCUCUUGUGUUUAUGACCCAAACCUGCGUCAGAGCUGUGGUAUCGUGUGCUCCUUCUAUUUUUGUGAGAUGAUUAAAGAAUUAUUAAGGAAUGGCAAAUAAAAUACAAAUGUGAAUGUCAAA